AUGUCGAAGAAAGGUACCAAGAGAAAGGCCGACUUCGACUUGAACUCGGACGGUUCCGACGGCCUCUUCGUCAAGGACAGCACCCCCAAGGACAGCACCGCCAAGGGCAAGAAGCCUGCGAGUAACAGUAAGAAGAGGCGACUCUCCCGCCUCGAGGAGUAUGAUGAAGAUAAGGGCCGAGAUGGGAGCCGCGGCUUCCAGAAAUGGGCCAAGAUCUUCAAUGACACCACCGCGACCGAGGUCAAGGCAUCCAAGGCUUUUCUGAAGGACUACAAGGCCAAAGUGAAGAAGCAUGGCGAACAGAUGCGCGACUUCAUACAACAGCAGGAGCAGACACUUACGGAGGUCCGGGAGAGAAACGCCGCUAUCUUCGACAAGCUCUACUCAGCUGCAGUCCCUCACGCUGGAGCCGGCUCCACCGACAAAGAAGGCCACGUCCUGUUCGCAGAGGCCCAGUCCGUCUUUUCGAAGAGCAGUACCCUAGUUCGACAGUUCAAGAAGACCGACGAGAGACUCGAAAAGGACCAGCUUGAACUCCCCGUUGACCAGUGGAAGCAAGACAAGAAGAUCCUUGCGGAGGUAUUGGCUCUUGGCCGUAAGCAAGGAGAGGAGCUCAUCGAGGGCGUACUGGCACCCGAUGCAUACCCGACACCAAAGCAAGACGAAAAACGCAUGAGCGAGGCCGAGCAGAUGGCAUGCGAAAUGUUCAAUGGCAGCCGCAAGGCACUGGAGGGAAGCAACUGGGGUACAGCUGCCGCAGUACAGGUCAAGCUGUACAAGGCCCUGGCGAUGACAGUCUCGCCAUCUAAGGAGCCAGAGCGAUCAUGA